CGAGGCUUUGAGCAGAGCAGAACCGUUUGUGGUCCUCGAGAGACCCGGCACAGGAGCGGAUGAAGACAGUCACACAGAAUCAAAGCUCCAGCACGAACAAGAGAAAUCCAUUCCUUCAGUUUCCAAGCGAAUUGUGCUUGGUGAUACUGUCUGUGGCGUGGCAGGCACAGCUGACCAUGCAGGUGGCUUGACAGACCUCAAAGGGGAGAAGGACUUGUUCACUAAAACACCAGACCUUGUCAAUGAGGGCACAACCGAGCUCCGUCACCGUGGCAGGGGGGAACUGCCACCUGAAGCUGCAGCACGACCACCUAGACACGGAUUAGACCAGUACUUAUCUAGAUUUGAAGAAGCUCUGAAGCUGAGGAACCAGCUGAUGAAUGAGAAGCCAAGCCAAGAGAAUGGGAAUGCAGCGGAGGAGUUUGACUCUUUCCGCAUUUUUAGAUGGGUGGGGUGUACUGUGCUGGCCAUCACAGUCAGGGCCUUUGUGUGCAAGCACUUGUCAAUAUUUGCACCAUUUCUUACUCUACAACUUGCUUACAUGGGCCUGGCCAAGUACUUUCCAAAGUAUGAGAAGAAGGUGAAAACGACGGUGUUAACUGCUGCUCUCCUCCUGUCUGGAAUCCCCGCGGAAGUGAUUAGUCGCUCCAUGGACACCUACAGCAAAAUGGGGGAUGUUUUCACAGACCUCUGUGUCUACUUCUUUACUUUCAUCUUUUGCCAUGAACUCGCUCUGGCUUUUGGUUCUGAAGAACCAUGAUGUAGAAUUGAACGCAGUAGUUACAGUAAAGCUUUCUGAACUGUUUUCCUUUAGCAUCUGACUGUGCAGACAGGUUUCAACCUUCCUUAAAAUUCUUAACCUGUUUAAAUACUUGAAAGGAGCCUUAAAUCCAGUCAUUUGGGGAAAGGAAGAGCAAGGUCCCAGACUGCCAGUUGGAUUGGGUCAGUUUAUUU